AUGAGGCGUUCUUUUCUCUGGCUCGUCCUGCUAUUGCAGGCCGCCGUCGUCCUCUGUUCCAACGAGCAAAAGGUCUUGUACGAGCACGAAAAGAGCGAUGGCGACCGCGAAGGAAAACACGCCAAGAUACAGACGGAUGCUCUUUCCGAACACAACACCCCCCGUCCGAAGCAGCCCGGAGCGGAAUUGGUCGAACUCGCCCUCGAACAACUGGUCAAACUUCCACCCCGCACCUACCCAAGACGCGAACGUCGCUACACCCUCGUCUGGACGGUAGUCCGAUAUGUCCUCAAAUUUGUACCUAGCCUUAAGGCUGCUCCGGUUCCCGGCAGCAGCCCGGUACAGGAAACAAAGGUGACUGGGCCGCUGUUGGAAGCUGUUAAGCUGCUGGAGCAAUCCGCACUGCAGAACAACACUGAUGCACUCUACCUUCUGGCCGACAUGAACUUCUACGGCAACUACACCUAUCCGAGAGACCUCAAGGUUGCCUUCGAUCACUACCAGACUCUCGCGACGCUCCACGGCAACCGCACGGCGCAGUACAUGAUCGGCCUUUACCACGCCACAGGAAUCGGCCAUGUUGUUCCGCUCGACCAAGCCAAGGCGCUGCUUUACUACACAUUCGCUGCGAUCCAGGGCGAUACCCGCGCAGAGAUGGCCGUUGGCUACCGGCACCACAGCGGCAUAGCGACACCCAAGAAUUGCGAGAUGGCAAGCAAGUACUACAAGAGAGUGGCGGAUAAGGCGAUAGAAUGGUACCGGUCGGGUCCUCCCGGUGGCAUGGCUUGGGUCGUUGAGUCGUACCGUAUUGCCGACGAGCUCGGCGGUGUCUACGGUGAGGGUGCGAGUGCCUCGAGUGCAGGCAUGAACGCCAUCAAAGUGAGCCCUAACUCGGACGCCAAUGCCGCCAUCGACGACGUCAUCGAGUACCUCGACCUAAUGUCGCAAAAAGGCGACGCGAAGGCCUCCUAUAAUCUUGGACGGAUCUACUACGAGGGACAGAGAGGACUAGACCGAGACUUAGAUCUCGCUCGAAAGUACUUCUUCACUGUUGCCAAGAGAUACUGGAAGAAGGACGGUCGUAUCAUGGAAAAUCACAAGCAGGGCAUCGAGAAGACGGCGAGCAAGGCCGCCGGAUUCAUCGGUCGCAUGUAUCUCCGAGGCGACGGCGUUGACCAGAGCUUCGACCAGUCCAAGAGGUGGUUUGAGCGGGGUAUCUCGCAUGGAGAUGCCCAGUCUCAGCACGGACUCGGUUUGAUGAUGCUCCACGGAUACGGAAUGCCCAAGAACAUCGCCAUGGCUACCGAUCUCUUCAAGGCAGCGGCGGAACAGGACUACGCGCCAUCCCAGAUCGAGCUGGGUGUUCUCUACUUGGACCAAGGUGGAGCGGAGGACGUUCGAAUCGCCAACAACUAUUUCGAGCUCGCUGCCCGGUAUGGUCAGAUUGAAGCACAUUACUACCUUGCUGAGAUGGUUUAUAACGGCGUGGGCCGCGACAAGACAUGCUCCAUGGCAUUGGGAUACUACAAGAACGUCGCCGAGAAAGCCGAGCCUCUUGUCUCUUCAUGGGCCGAGGCAAACCAAGCCUAUUACUACGGUGACGAGGAGCUGGCCUUUCUGGAGUAUGUCAUGGCGGCAGAACAGGGGUACGAGCGUGCUCAGAACAACGUCGCGUUCAUUCUUGAUCCCGUUCAGUCGAGGCUCCCGCUGCCGGACUGGCUGCCACUCCCCGAGUGGCUUGGUCUCCGACACACCCGUUCUAGUCUGCUGGACAACCAAAGACUCGCUCUCAUGUACUGGACUAGGUCGUCCAGACAGUCGAAUGUGGACUCGCAAGUCAAGAUGGGCGACUAUUACUUUCAUGGUAUUGGUUCCGAGCCGGAUGUGAACAAGGCCGUUCAAUGUUACACUGGCGCUUCGGACUACUCGCAGAGCGCCCAAGCUCUCUGGAACCUGGGCUGGAUGCAUGAGAACGGUAUCGGACUGACCCAGGACUUCCACCUUGCCAAGAGGUACUACGACCAAGCCCUUGAGGUCAACGAGGAAGCGUAUCUCCCCGUCACCCUGAGUCUCUUGAAGCUCCGCCUUAGAAGCGCCUGGAACACCUUUACUCAUGGCCCCAUCCACUCGAUUCAGGACGAUCCCAAACCCAAGAAGGACUGGUCACUCAGCGAGUGGAUCGCCAACUUCCUGCAAGACGAUCAGUUCUAUGACGACCCGUAUUACGAUGACAUAUUUGACGACACCAUUGGCGGCACUGGCCCUGACGGCAACCCGCUCGAGGAUGACGGCAUUGCCGAGAGCCUCAUCAUUGUCUUCAUCGCCCUGUCGAUCGUGCUCCUGCUCUACUACCGCCAGCAGAGGCAGCAGCAGCACCGGCGGGAGGAGGAGGAGCAGCGCCGUCGGGAUGGCCAGCCCGCGGCACCCGCGCUGCAGGGGCAACAGCAGGGCCAGGGCCUGUUUCCUCAGCCCGGUAACCCAGAAUGGAACAACUGGGUCGCUGGUGGUAUUGGACACUAG